GUCCCAUGUCCUAUUGGUUUGGCAACGCGCAAUAUAAAUCAACAUUUUAAAUGGUAGAUUUCACAGUAUAAUUUUGAUAUUCAGACAGUCUAGGAUUAUUGAUUUUUAUGAUUCACUUUUUUUGAAGUACACAUAACUCUCGGAUUUAAAUCCGAAGUUUCCGCAUUUAUAUUAAAUCUAUUAUUGGAUAUUGUUAUUUUAGGUGCUGCGAAACCAACUAUAAUUGAAAGAAUAUCAGCUAAAUCAGCACCACCAGUCAAAGUUGAAAAGACAGAAGAAGAAAAAAAACAAGAAAAAGAAAAAAUUAAAAAAUAUAUUCAAGAAAAACGAGAACAAAAUGAUAAAAAAAAACAUGAUGAUAAAAAAAAGAAAAUUAUACUAGAAAAAGAACGAAAAGAUAAUUUAAAAAAAUUAUAUGAAGAAACUAAAAAAGUUUCUCAACAACCUUUACCUCCAUCAUUAAUUAAAAAAUCAGCUACAACAACAUUAACAAAUGAUAUAACUGAACAAAGACGUGAACGACUUAUUAGUCUACUCGGUCCAAGACCAUUUCCACCAACGGAAUAUCAUAAUAAUACACCUUUUGAACGAUCUUCAUUACAUGAACGUUCAUCAUCAUCAUCAUCAUCAUCAUCGAGUUCUGAAUCAGUUAUUGAAAUUCAACCACGAAAAUUAAAUGAUAAACUAAUAAUUCGUUCACAUUCGGAACCACCUAUUGAAAAUGGUUUUACCAAUGAUGUUAAACAACGACAUCAAAAUAUACUUCGAUGGGCUAAUAAUUUAACACGAGAUUGUGAUGCGAUUGAAAAUAAAUUGAAAUAUUUUCGACCAGGUAAAGAAAAAAGAAAAAACAGUAUACUAAAAUAG